AUAUAACUGGACUGACAUUGCAAAUAUGUUAUCUACAAUAUAACAAUCAACAUCACAACAAAAGCUAGACAUAUGGAAAUAUGACCCAGUGAAGAUUAAAAAACCACGAUGGAUCCGACAGAAGACGAGUUUUAUAACAUUUGCUUAAACCUGACGAACGAAGAAGCAAGUCUCGGAGGUUGCAACUACAGCAGUGAAUACGAAAAUGGAGAAUUACUGGAAAAAGUUGUGUCAAGAGUUGUGCCCAUAUUCUUCGGUUUUAUCGGCAUCGUUGGUUUGGUCGGAAAUGCAUUGGUGGUGCUGGUUGUGGCUGCGAACCCUGGCAUGAGAUCGACGACCAAUCUUCUGAUCAUCAACUUGGCUGUAGCUGAUCUGCUCUUCGUGAUAUUCUGCGUACCGUUUACAGCAACCGACUAUGUAAUGCCACGAUGGCCUUUCGGAGACUGGUGGUGCAAAGUCGUGCAGUAUUUCAUAGUAGUGACAGCUCACGCGUCAGUAUACACUCUUGUUCUGAUGUCAUUGGACAGGUUCAUGGCAGUAGUGCACCCUAUAGCAUCAAUGUCAAUCAGAACAGAGAAGAAUGCGCUACUAGCGAUCGCCUUCACCUGGGUUGUGAUACUAACGACGGCGAUACCGGUGGGUAUCUGUCAUGGGGAGAGAGAGUACGCUUACUACCAUAGAAACCACUCGUCGUGUGUGUUCUUGGAGGAGCAGGGGUAUAGUAAGCUGGGGUUCCAGAUGUCGUUUUUCCUGUCAUCGUAUGUGAUCCCGCUGGCGCUGAUCAGCGUCCUGUACAUGUGUAUGCUGACGAGGCUCUGGAAGAGCGCCCCGGGAGGCAGGGUGUCUGCAGAAAGCAGGCGGGGUAGGAAGAAGGUCACCAGGAUGGUGGUGGUGGUCGUCGUGGUCUUCGCUGUAUGCUGGUGUCCUAUACAGAUAAUCCUGCUGGUGAAGGCUCUAGACGCGUACAACAUCACGUACUUCACGGUGACGGCGCAGAUCGUGUCGCACGUGCUGGCGUACAUGAACAGCUGCGUCAACCCCGUGCUGUACGCCUUCCUCUCGGAGAACUUCCGCGUGGCCUUCAGGAAGGUGAUGUACUGCCCGCCUCCCUACAACGACGGCAUGUCAGGGCGCCCUCAACCGACGAAGACCACUCGAACGGGCAACGGCAAUUCCUGCCACGACAUCGUCUGAGACUCGGUCCGCAGUCGCACGCGCAACGACCAAGCGACCAUCGUCUAAACCACGCAAAUGAUAUUGUCCAUCUCUCUCACUCAUAUGGCGAGAGGCAGAGAUGAAACUAAUGUCGGUUUGCAGAACACGGUCGAUUGGACACACAAUUGACGAGGUGGCUUUUGAGUUUUUUACUUUUUAUAAGGUAAUAUAGUGCGUUAUGUUUAACAAUAUUGUCAAUAUCUCCUCUAUGACGCACCAAAUAUUAUAAUUAUUUGGACAACCACAAUUAUUGCAUUUUUUAAUAUAUUUUUUUUUAAUUGCCACAAUGGCAUUUAAAUGUCACCUUUAAAAUUGUAUGUCUAAUCACUAAAUGCGCAUGCGGCUACUCGAAUCUUGACUUUAUGUGUAUAGUGACAAAAGCUGAUGUUGUUUAAACUUAACUUUUAAGAGUGAACGAGCAAACUUUGUAGAAAUAGCAUUGAUACAUUAUGUGAACAUACAGAAAAUUACCUUAUGUAUAAAAUAUAAAAGUUGCUCGCAAGGGUAUGAAUCAUUUAGAUGCAAGGUUUAUAUAAAAUUAUGAGUGAUACAAGGACUAUAUUCGUGCUGCUACUGAAGCCAGUAUAAAGUUAUAUUCUCUUUAUAAACAUGUUUAUAAAAAAAACUUAGUUAAUAUCUAUAACAGUAAACAAUAAUAACAGUUCUAAACAACACUGAAAAUACCAAUAUUUAUCUGAAUACCUAGUAAAA